CCGUUUUUUGCCCAAACUUCCGCUAGUUUGACUCAAGGGGCUGGUGCGGCUGAAGUCAGCGGGAACUACUGAGGCGCUGGGUGGGAGAGUCCAUUGUGGGGGGCGGUGGGGGUGAACGGAACAGACCAAUCGUGCGAGAGCGGUUACAGCCGGGUGCGUGCGCCGCUGGGACCUCUCACAGCCUCGGCAUGGCGGCGGCGGCAGCUUCUUCCCAGCCUAAGAAGAUCGUGGCGCCUACCGUGGCGCAGAUCAACGCGGAGUUCGUGACUCAGUUGGCAAAUAAAUACUGGGCUCCACAUGUGAAGAAAAAAUUACCUUUUGAUUUAAAGGUUAUUGAAGAAGUGUAUGCAAAAGAAAUUGUCAAAUCAAGAUUUGCCAUUAGGAAGAUAAUGCUUCUUGAAUUUAGCCAGUACCUUGAAAAUUACCUGUGGAUGAAUUAUUCUCUAGAGGUGUCCAGUAAGGCGUAUUUAAUGUCAAUCUGCUGUAUGGUGAAUGAGAAGUUCAGAGAAAACGUACCUGCAUGGGAGACAUUCAAAAAGAAGCCAGAACACUUUCCUUUCUUUUUCAAAUGUAUAUUGGAAGCAUCAUUAGAUGAGAGUGACAGUGAACUGUCACUACAUGAACAGACAGUUCUCCUGCUCUUCCUUGAUCACUGUUUCAACAGUUUGGAAAUGGAUUUGAUCAGGGGUCAGGUGCAGCAGCUCAUCUCCCUGCCAAUGUGGAUGGGCCUACAGCCUGCACGUCUGGAACAAGAACUGAAAAAGACAUCAAAGCUUAGAAAAUUUUGGAAUCUGAUCAAGAAGAAUGAUGAGAAAAUGGAUGAAAAGACACGAAUGCAGGCAUAUCGAGAGAGAAGAUUUCUUUCACAGCUAAUCCAGAAAUUUAUCGGUGUACUAAAAUCAAUACCCCCUUUAGGUCCUGUUUCCAUGGACAAAGUUCAUUAUUGCGAAAGAUUCAUCGAACUCAUGAUAGAUUUAGAGGCCCUGCUUCCCACAAGGCGCUGGUUUAAUACUGUAUUAGAUGACUCCCACCUUGUUGUUCAUUGCUACUUGUCUAACCUUGCUAAAAGGGAGAAGGAGGGUCAUCUCUUCUGCCAGCUUUUAGACAUGCUUAAAUUCUACACUGGUUUUGAAAUUAAUGACCAGACUGGGAACGCUUUGACAGAAAAUGAGAUGACUACAAUUCACUAUGAUAGAAUUACUUCUUUACAGAGAGCUGCUUUUGCGCAUUUCCCAGAACUAUACGAUUUUGCUCUUUCAAGUGUGGCAGCAGUGGAUACUCGUGUUUCGUUGGAAAAGCUGUGCGGACCCCUUAGCCCAAACACACUCCACCGGGUGGCAUCAUACCUCUGCUUGUUACCAGCUCUACCUGAAGGGGAAGAUACAAGCUAUGACAAAGAAUUUCUUCUGGAAUUAUUGGUGUCUCGUCAUGCACGUCGAAUAUCUCAGAUUCAGCAGCUUAACCAGAUGCCUCUGUAUCCCACAGAGAAGAUUAUUUGGGAUGAAAAUAUUGUCCCAACUGAGUACUAUUCUGGAGAAGGCUGCCUCGCUCUUCCUAAACUGAAUUUACAGUUUCUGACUCUUCACGACUACCUUCUACGGAAUUUCAACCUCUUCCGCUUAGAGUCUACAUAUGAGAUCAGACAGGAUAUUGAGGAUAGUGUCAGCAGGAUGAAACCUUGGCAAUCAGAAUAUGGAGGCAUUGUGUUUGGUGGAUGGGCUCGAAUGGCACAACCCAUUGUGUCUUUCACUGUGGUAGAAGUGGCAAAACCCAAUAUUGGUGAAAACUGGCCAAUGCGAGUACGAGCAGACGUUACAAUUCAUUUGAAUGUAAGAGAUCACAUCAAAGAUGAAUGGCAAGGUCUGCGCAAACAUGAUGUUUGUUUUUUAAUUACGGUACGUCCAACACAAACUUAUGGCACAAAGUUUGAUCGAAGGAAACCUUUUGUUGAGCAAACUGGCCUGGUGUAUGUCAGGGGAUGUGAAAUCCAGGGCAUGCUGGAUGAUAAAGGACGUGUCAUUGAGGAAGGACCAGAACCGAAGCCAAAACUUAAAGGAGAUUCAAGAACGUUUAGAGUAUUUCUGGAUCCUAACCAGUAUCAACAGGACAUGACAAAUACAAUCCAAAAUGGAGUAGAAGAUGUCUAUGAAACAUUCAAUAUAAUCAUGAGGAGAAAGCCAAAAGAAAAUAAUUUUAAGGCUGUUCUGGAGACUAUUCGGAAUCUGAUGAACACAGACUGUGUGGUUCCUGAUUGGUUGCAUGACAUCAUCCUUGGAUAUGGAGACCCAAGCAGUGCUCAUUAUUCGAAAAUGCCAAAUCAGAUUGUGUCUCUGGAUUUUAAUGACACCUUUCUCUCCAUUGAUCAUUUAAAAGCCAGUUUUCCUGGAUAUAACAUAAAAGUAACUGUUGACAAUCCAGCUCUACAGAAACCCCCUUUCAGGAUAACUUUCCCGGUAAGGGGAGGAAAAGGGAAGAAACGGAAGGAAGAGGAAGAGAACGAAGAAAAGACUGAAGAAGCUAAAACAUUAAUUGUUGAACCUCAUGUUAUUCCCAACAGGGGACCAUAUCCAUACAAUCAACCCAAACGCAAUACUAUUCAGUUUACUCACACUCAGAUUGAGGCUAUACGUGCAGGAAUGCAACCUGGACUAACUAUGGUAGUGGGUCCACCUGGUACUGGUAAAACUGAUGUAGCUGUUCAGAUAAUAUCCAAUCUCUAUCAUAACUUCCCAGAACAGAGAACCCUGAUAGUUACACAUUCCAACCAGGCCUUGAACCAGCUGUUUGAGAAAAUCAUGGCGUUAGACAUUGAUGAACGCCAUCUCCUUCGUCUGGGUCAUGGAGAGGAAGAAUUGGAAACAGAAAAAGAUUUCAGCAGGUAUGGAAGAGUUAAUUAUGUCCUCGCUCGAAGAUUAGAGCUUCUACGAGAGGUUGGACGAUUACAAGAGAGCCUGGGAGUCCCAGGAGAUGUUUCUUAUACUUGUGAAACAGCUGGUCACUUCUUCUUAUACCAAGUCAUGUCUCGUUGGGAAGAAUAUAUUAGCAAAGUGAAAGUUAAAGGUGGCAAGCUUCCUGAUGUUGUGGAUGUCUCUAGUUUCUUCCCUUUUCGCCAGUACUUUGCAAAUGCCCCUCAGCCAAUUUUUAAAGGCAAAUCUUAUGAAGAGGACAUGGAAAUUGCUGAAGGGUGUUUUAGACACAUUAAGAAAAUAUUCACUCAACUUGAGGAAUUCAGGGCAUUUGAACUCCUCCGCAGUGGCCUGGAUAGAUCCAAAUACCUCUUGGUAAAAGAAGCAAAGAUCAUUGCAAUGACUUGUACUCAUGCAGCCUUGAAACGACAUGACCUCGUUGAAUUAGGCUUUAAGUAUGAUAACAUCUUAAUGGAAGAGUCUGCUCAGAUUCUGGAGAUAGAAACUUUCAUACCUCUCCUCUUGCAGAACCCUCAAGAUGGUUUCAGCCGACUGAAACGAUGGAUUAUGAUUGGUGACCAUCAUCAGUUACCACCUGUCAUUAAGAAUAUGGCUUUUCAAAAAUACUCCAACAUGGAACAAUCUCUUUUUACACGUUUUGUUCGAGUGGGGGUGCCAACUGUUGAUUUGGAUGCUCAAGGAAGAGCAAGAGCAAGCUUGUGUAACCUCUACAAUUGGCGUUAUAAGAAUCUGGGUAACCUGCCUCAUGUGCAACUUCUACCAGAGUUUAGAACUGCAAACGCUGGAUUUCUCUAUGAUUUCCAGCUUAUAAAUGUAGAAGAUUUCCAUGGUGUGGGAGAGUCUGAACCCAAUCCUUAUUUCUAUCAGAAUCUUGGUGAAGCAGAGUAUGUUGUGGCACUCUUCAUGUAUAUGUGCCUGCUUGGUUACCCUCCAGACAAGAUAAGUAUUCUGACAACCUAUAAUGGACAAAAGCACCUAAUCCGGGAUGUCAUUAAUCAGCGUUGUGGAAAUAACCCAAUUAUAGGCCGACCAAACAAGGUGACAACUGUAGACAGAUUUCAAGGUCAACAAAAUGAUUAUAUUAUCCUUUCAUUAGUGCGAACCAAAGCUGUCGGUCACCUUAGGGAUGUCAGACGUCUAGUGGUUGCUAUGUCAAGAGCCCGGCUUGGGCUUUAUAUCUUUGCAAGAGUAUCCCUCUUCCAGAACUGCUUUGAGCUAACUCCAGCUUUCAGUCAACUCACAGCUCGACCCCUUCAACUGCAUGUAAUUCCCACCGAGUAUUUUCCAACAAUCAGACAGAAUGGAGAAAGGCCUUCUCACCAAGUACAUGUUAUAAAGAACAUGCCUCUGAUGGCUAAUUUUGUGUACAAUAUGUAUAUGCACACGAUACAGAGUACACGCCACUACAGACAGGAUUUAUUGCCCCCACCAGCCCUGGUUGAAGACAGUGAAACAGUUCAAACUCAGGAAGCAGAAGUGGAAGUUGAAACCAAAAGCACACCAGUAGUGGAGAGCAAAGAGACAAUGAAAGAAGAGGACGAGGCAAUGGAGGAAGAGCAAGUGAACGUGGCAGAAGAAGAAGGAAUGAAAGCGGCAGAAGAGGAAGAGCCUAGGAAAAUGCCAGAGCAUCCAGGAAGAGAUAGUGAUAGUGAAGACAGUGAAGUUGAGACUGAGACUGAAAAGUGAUCUUUACCCUCAAUAAGUUUUGAGCACAGACUGGAGACAAUGACAGAGCCAAAAAAUAACUUGGACCUUGUUAACAGCGGCUGUGUAUUGUGACCUGUUCUGCAUAAUUUUCACUGAAUAUUUCAGGGGACAAAUUUAAUAAUUAGUUUGUAGAGUUAAAUGUUAAUGAGAACUGAAUUCUUAUCAGUUUCAAUGAUUUGUACUUAUUCGUAGUAAAUAGCAAGUGCGUUUCUUUUAUGACUGACUUAGUAAAAAUGUUUUU